UGGACACUUCAGGAUUUCUUUCAACUUAAUUAAGUUUACUGCAGCUGCUUUGCAGUUAGCUUCUGCUGUUUAUCCGGCUUUGCAGAUGAUUUCUCUCUGUUUUGUUUAGACACACAAAGUGAGGGUAAUCAGACAUCCAAAUGUCAUCUAUAGAGAAACCAGCAGUUUCAGAGCUCUCUAUUCCAGUCCUAUGGGGAGAGAUCAGAGGCGAAGUCUGGGGUCCUGAUCAUGGUCGUCCCGUGCUGUGCCUGCACGGCUGGGCUGACAACUGUGGCACAUUCAACAGCCUCAUUCCCCUGCUGCCCAAAGAGUGCAGAUAUGUGGCGGUGGACCUGCCAGGUCACGGUCGGUCGUCACAUCGUCCUCCUGGAGUUUUCUACUCGUUUCCUACGUAUGUGGCAGAUGUGCGCAGAGUCGUUGAUGGUCUGCAGUGGACUAAAUUCUCCAUCGUGGGCCACAGUAUGGGUGGUAACGUUGCUGCAAUGUUCAGCGCACUGUAUCCUGAGAUGGUGGAUGCUCUUGUGCUGCUGGACGCUUACGGAUUCUUACCUGCAGAUCCGAAAGAAGUAUUCAAAGUGAUGAAGCAGGGAAUGGAUGACAUGAUUCAGUUUGAAAAAAAGACAGGAGAAAGGAAAAGAGUCUACACUUACGAGAAGGCAGUUGAGAGGCUGUCGGCUGCAAACCCGUCUCUGUCUGAACAGUCCCUGCACAUCCUGUUAGAGCGAGGUCUAGUUCAAGUUGAAGGAGCAGGAGUUGAGUUCUCUAGAGAUCUGCGAAUUAAUUUUAAAAAUGUAGUGCGGAUCCCUUUGGAGCAGAGUCUGGAGAUGCAGCUGAGGAUACAAGCCUCUGUCCUAGUUAUUCUAGCAGACAAAGGCUUUGGGGCAACAUUUCCAGAAUCAGACCACCAGAAACGUAUCUCAGCACUUCUUCAAGGCUACCGUGACAGAAAUCACACGGUGGUGACAGUAACAGGCAACCAUCACGUCCAUCUGAAUGAUCCUGAAGUCGUCGCUCCACUUGUUUCUGACUUCCUGCGGACCAAAGUGUUGACACAGCUGCUGCCAGCGUAGUGGACAGAGACACAAGCAAUAAACAGUACACACACACACACAUGCACACUGACACAUUUCUAUUGCGUAAUUUCACACUUUAACUCCCAGUACACUGUUCUCACCUCGACUCAGAGCACUGAUCAUUACCAUAAUAUUGUGCAAGCUUUCCCUCUCCUGAUAUUUUACUAUUUGAACACUACUAUAAAGUUCCUGCAGUGUCUUAGAAUAAUCAUGUGUUAAUGUGUAAACCUCCACUGAACACAUUAUUACUGAGGCGAAAUAGCUGCUCAUUUAAAUUCACACCAGUGACUAGACAUUUACAGUCUUUACACAAACAGUACAAGAACACAUGUAUUUUUGUUGUAUCGUUUAAUUGUAUCAUCAUUUCACAGUUGUUUCUGUGUACAUUUAAGACUGUACUGACUUUACAUGCAUCUGCAGUAUAUCUUCUACCUUUUCUGAUUCCUGAAAAAAAAAUUAACUGUUCAUCUGGCACAUGUUUUCUAGCUUUAGCUUGUAGUCAGUCAGAUUUUGAGGGCCUGUCUCCAUCUUGAUAAAAGUCUGAGGACUGUGAAAACACCAGGGGCAGCACUGGGAAUAAGUCUAGGGCUUUCAGAACAAAAAUAACAAUGUUCAUGUGUCCAAGUUACAACGUGAUUCAUUCAAGGCAGCAAAUCCAAAUCAACACAUCAUAAAAUCAAAUAUAAAAUCUAAUAGAAUUAAUUAGAUCAUAUGCUGUAACAAAAUAAAUAAAACCAAUACCAGUACAGUUAGAUAACAGAAAUAAACAGACAAGACUUGAUUGUACUGUUCCUAACAAAGUCUGAUAACAUGUUGUAUAUGUUUAUAAAUACAUUAGAGACAAACAACAGCCAAAGAUAUCCACAUCUGCUGAGAAUAAUUUUCAUCCAAUUAUAAAACCUCUAAACUGAAUGAAAUCCUGCACUGUUGGAAGAAAAUGUGGAUUUCUCUAUGCGACAGGCUGGACAUCUCAUGUCAUCAUUUCUGUUCUGAGAAAUCGCAGCUCUUUAUUUGAAGCUCAUCUGUUUAACUCUGCUGCUGCUUUUCACAAAUCCGCCGCCUGUGCGGAGUGAGCUAAAAAUGGCAGUCAUUAAAAAAGAUGACAACUUUUCAUUAUGUGGGCCAUCAUCUCUGCAUUCAGCUUUUGUCUUGGAAACAGCAAGACAGAAGAAAAAAAAGGAAAUCUCAUGGGAGUGACUCCAUAAAACAUUGCAGCUGCUGUCAGUCAGAGCAGAUAUGAGAGGAGCCGCUUACACAAAAAUGGCCCCCUCUCGCUCUCAAUGUCAUAUAAACUGUGUGAUGGCCUCCGUGUUAAAUGGAGUGGAAUUGAUUUUACGCAGCGGGCAGCAAGGCGGCGAGCAUCCAGAGACAUCUGAAGGGCUUGUCCACCCCCCACACACACAGACUCUCCCCUCCUCCAGCCCACUCCCCCAAUACUGCCACCCCCCCCCACCUUAAAAAAAAGAAAAAAAGAUUAUAGUUAUAUAAGUUUUCCCUCCCACUCCCUCCAUCCUCUCAGCCAUCAGCAGGGGUGUUGUCAUGGCAACCCCCACCCCUCCUUUUGAACGUCAGAGCCAGGAGCUGGAGGAUGAAGCCGCAUGCAGCUUCUGUCUCUUGUGCCUCUCAGAGAGCACCUGUGAUUUUGGCCGUCUCACAUGCAACAGUGCGAGCUGCGGCGCUGGAAAUAAUCUAAUGGUUGUUUGGACUCACGGCUGCUGCGCAUCGCAUACCAACCAAACACACAGAGAUCCACACUGAUCUAGCGGUGCCCGCAGCAGUUAUGUCGUGGCUGUUUUUGGACUGGUUCGUCCCCCUCUACCUGCUGGUCUCGGUUUUGGUGCUGGCAGGCUUCGGAGCGUGCCUGUACUUCCUAGAGCCCGGGCUGCAGGAUGCCCACAAGUGGAGCAACAAAACAGUCCGGCAUCACCCGCUGGUGGCCAGUGUGAACUGCAGAGAUGAUGAUAGCAAUGCCCUGAUAUGAUCCAGAGGGCGAGGCGGCGGGGCCAUCUGGACAGGGGUGCUGCCAGGACACCGGAGGGAUGGGAGCCAACACCUUAAAGAUGGAGAAAGAAAAUGGAAGAGAGGAAAGGUGGAGGAAAGAUUGUGUGAAAAUGUGAGCCCUGUCCUAUAUCAUUCCAACUUUUCUCUGAUCUCUGUAGAUUUUUGUUUUUUUGCUGUAGACAUCAGGGAAAACUGAAGCAGUGGGGAUUUGAAGAAAAUCUUUAAAAUGAAUCCAAAUGCACAAGGAGGAGAAGACUACAUGCAGAAAGAGAUGGUGAGGUGAUUGGAGGACACGUUGCCCUUUAGAAAUGUGUUUGAAACAAAAUGUAAAUUUCAUGCCAUCUUAUACUUGUGCCAACUUUUACAUACGUUUUGUAAAUUGACAAUCACUUUACAUAUAUCAUGGAGUUUACUCAUAUUGUGCAUUUAAUUAGUAAAGUGAGUGACAUAAGUGCAAUGAAUUUGUUGCCAGCGGGGAGGGUUUUUAAUCCUCUCUGUGGCGAUGUCGGCAUGGCAGCUGCUGAGAAGCAUGUGGAUUGUUUAGUGCCACUGUGCCAAAAUGGUGUAGUAGUGACUUUAUUAAAACAUUAUGUACCGAAUAAAUGCAACCGAUUUAUUCAAGGUGCCAAGAUCAUCCUAGAUGGACCAAGAUUACAGAAAACUAGUGUUUGGUAAUGCUGUAAGUGUAUUUUUUUUUUCAUUGUUUUUACUUAACAGCAUGGUGAGGAAACUGUGGGUGUGCAACAACCCUUUUUUG